CAGCAAAGCGCGCAGGAGCUGAAUGAUCGCCAUGGCAACAACAGCAUCAGCAUCCUCAGAAUCAGCAGCAUCGGUACUAGCAGUAGCUGCCGCGGGCCGCUCAUGCCCGUAUCAACAGGGAGACCUGCCGUAGUCACACGCGUACUCCCGUUCAUAACACACACACACACGCACACACACACACACUCACACCCUCCCUCUGAACCUAAUGACAUAGGAUCAAAGCGGGUGCACGGAUCGCGUCUCCUGUGUCGCGCAGGCAGCUUCUAUCAGGUGAGGGCGGCACUGCGUGUUUCACCUCGAGUUCCCCACAGAAUCACUGCCACCACAUCCGGAUACACAGGAGAGUGCAGUUUCAGCAGUGCAGUGGUUCACGAUGGCGGGGUUUUCAGCCGGAUCUUUCAGAUCCUCUACAGGAACGAGGAGGUGACCCUCGAGGACCACAUGAACUUCAGAGUCCACCUGCUUCUGGAUGGAGAGAGGGUGGAGGAAGCCAUGAGUGAGGUGGACGUUCAGCUGAAACUAGAUCUGCACUUCACUGACAACGAACAGCAGUUGUCAGAUAUCACCUCAGUGCCUCUGAUCAGCAGCAGGACGUUGGGUCUACACUUCCAUCCACACCAUGGCCUACACCAUCACCUGCCCGUCAUGUUUGACUAUUUCCACCUGUCCGUCGUUUCCGUCUCCAUCCAUGCCUCCCUGGUGGCAUUGCAUCAACCACUGAUCAGUUUUGCGCGGAGUGGUAAAGGGACGUGGCUGGGUAGAGAAUCUCCAGAGAGUGAGGCUCCAUCCUCCAUGAUGUCAGUGGAGAAUCUGAUGUUUGGGUCGGGGUAUUGCAAACCUGUUCCAACAGAGGGCAGUUUUUACGUGCCAUCAGAGAACUGUCUGCAGAGAGCAUACACGUGGCAUUGUCGCAUCUGCAAACUGUUGCUGGCUGCUCUAAGAGGCCUGCGCUCGUAUUACACGACUCUAAUGAAGGAGAUUCCUCAACUGCAACACAUAGAAAUGGAAGACCUUCCCAUCGAAGAAACAUUAAACCAGCUCACCAUUGAACUGCAGUUGCAGAGUGGUCAUGAGAAGGUAGCAGAGCUGAUCAGUAAAGAUCUGAUGCAGUUGUGUGCUCAGCUGUCUGCUGUUUGGACACAGUUUCUGGAAGCCACGGUUCCCAAUCCACAUAUCCGCUCUUAUCUGGCCCAGGAGCACCACACGCUCAGGGUCAGGAGAUUUUCAGAAGCUUACUUCUUCACUGAACAUCCCAAAGAGUGCUCACUCACAUUUCAGGAGGAACUUAUCAACAGACAUGCCCAGGUGGCCACGGAGAUGCGGAGCUCUGAUUAUCUGCUCCGAAUGCCCCCACUUCCUGUGGAAUGCCUGGACAUCGACGGAGACUGGAGCAGCCUGCCAAUCAUCUUUGAGGAUAGAUAUGUGGACACACCCUGUUUAGAUUACACCAUUCAUGUGCCAAACCAGAUGGUCUUAAACUCAAAUACCUGUCCAGACCCAACUAGGUUGAAAGACCAAACCAUCAGUCCAACUGAGGGGACACAGGACGUCUAUUUUUCAGCAACAUGCCCUGAGGAACCCCCCUGUAAAGAUCACAUGGAUCUGCCCACAUACAUGACUCUGACUGUUGAAGAACAGGAUUGCAUUACAGACUACAAAGAGACCAGAGCUCAAGCAGAAACUUUGAUUGGCUGUGUGGGUGAGACAGAUAUUGAUAGAAGCGAACAUAUCUACGAGACCGCCACGACUAGCUCUGUUUCAAGAUUUGAGUCUGUUGAUGAAGACAAGUGCCAAUAUGAUACUGAGGAAGCAAUUGAUCAAAUAGACUGGUCUGAAGACAGCACUGAUGCAAUAGAUAGAGUUAAUUCUAUACAAGGUAAUGUAGAGAAAACUGGUUGCCAGACAGAAGCAAGUGACUUUGCUGAUCAGCCUGAAAAUAAUUUUGUUGAAUCUAAUCAUGCAAGUUUGAAACAAGCUAAAAUUACCCAAAGUGGCAGCGGACAGACGUUGUUGCUUGUUCCGAUGGAAUCUGCAGAACUUCCUGAUCUCACCAGCACUGACAACAUAGAAAUCCUGCCCACUUAUAACCAUGAAAACCACCUAGAAACACCGGACAAUACAUGGAACCUUGGCAACGAGGAGCCAAACUCAGUAUUAGAUAGCAGAAACACUGAAGCACCAGCAAUGUAUUUUGGGAGCGAGGAAAUAUCACCGGCUAGUCUAUUGAAUGUCCACUCUCCAGAGACCGACCCUCAAGCAACGUCCCCUUCAGUUUACACCCUACUACAGAACCGCCGCUUGUCUGAAACCCCGCCCAGGGGUGUAUUCUUGGGUGGGUCUAAGCUAAUGAACCGCUCUUCAUCUGUAAUCUCAGACUCUGGCAUUGAAAGCGAGCCAAGCUCCAUGGCCUGGACUCUGGAGGGACGAGGAGUCGUCGCAGGGGUUCGUGAUGUCUUGCAAAAUCUGGCUCGGUGUCGGGCACACCAGAACUCUCUGGAGGGGCUACAAACAGAAAGUCACGGCAGCUUGCCGAGCGCCACACAAGCUUCUCUGACCUCUAUUAGCUCCCUACCAUACGAAGAGGAGGAGAUGCAACUCAAUACUCUCACCAAAUCUGCCUCUGCACCACAAAUCAGCAGCCCUGAUGACACAGAGGAUAGUGAAAUACCCAAUCAGGAGGAGAGGAACAUUUGUGCACCAAAUCAUGAGAGGCAGAGUAAUGAAGAAGCCACUGAGGCCGAGCAGAAUCUACAAGUUGUUACUACGAAGGACAGAAAUAAAACAACCAAUCAGGAGAAGAGGAGCAUUAGUGUAGCAAAUCAGGAGAGGCAGAGUGACGAAGCAGCCAAUGAAUUGAAGCGGAAUUUACAAGGUGUUACUAUGGAGGACAGAACUGAAACACCCAAUCAGAAGAAGAGGAGCUUCAGUGUAGCCAAUCAGGAGAGGCUGAGCAAUGAAGUAGAUAAUGAGUUGAAGUGGAAUGUACAAGCUGUAACUAUGGAGGACAGAAAAGAAACAACCAAUCACGAGAUCGACAGGGAUGAGUUAUCCAGUCAGGAAAUAGCUGUCGAAGAAAGUCCUUUGCCAGAAAUUUUACUAUACCAGCAAUUUGUGACAGAUAAAGGUGUUGAAAUCGCCACAGUGGAUGAACUGACUGAACGUUCUGUGGAAUAUCAAAGUAAUAUGUUGCUUAAUGGGUAUUCUGGUCAUGAAGAUGAAAGUACAGAGCGAAGUAGCUGUAAAAAUAAAUAUCGUGAACACCAGGGUGCGCUAGAGUUAAACACAUAUCAAGGUGACCCUGAUGACAUCAGCGUCCAUCACAUUCAUUUGAAUGAGCUUGAGGAAGUAAGUAUGGAGAACCUCCCUGAUCCACCAAUUAGUGACGAGAGCAGUCACAAAAUUAUGACCAAUGACAGAGAGAGACCCACUGAUAUCAUCGAACUUCCAGCCAAUGAGAGAGAGCAGCAGGCACUAGAGGGGCAGAGCAGAGCCAAUAAGCUACAGAGUUCAGGACUGGCAUUUGUGAAUAAAAAGGUGGUCGAGGUUGUGAACCUGUCAGUGUCAUGCACUCCAACAUGUCUGCCUUUUUCAUCCGUACUCCGUGAUUCGCCAUCGGUCAGCGGAAUCUCCACCCGCCAAGCCACCUCCCCCAUUACAAAUCAACCCCUGGGCUCGUUCGGAAUCAUCUCCUCUUCCCCUUCCCCAAGUGCUGACCAGGAAAUCAACGAGAGGAUGAUCAACUUCUAUAUGACAAAAGAAGCCCUGCUGAGAGAGUUGGUGUUGAAGGGCUGUCUGUACAGUGAUCUGCCUUACCUUGCCUCUGAUUACCCAUACUUCCCACCUGAAGAAGACGACACUGAGUUUGAGGAUGGGAUACACCUUGUGGUGUGUGUACAUGGACUAGACGGUAAUAGUGCAGAUCUGCGAUUGGUAAAGACCUUUAUAGAGCUUGGGCUGCCAGGAUCUAGACUGGACUUCCUUAUGUCUGAACGCAACCAGACGGACACGUUUGCAGAUUUUGACACCAUGACAGACAGACUGUUGGACGAGAUUAUCCAACACAUUCAGCUGUAUAACCUCACCAUCCACAGAAUCAGUUUUAUCGGUCAUUCUUUGGGGAAUAUCAUUAUUCGCUCAGUGCUGACCAGACCCAGAUUUCGCUGUUAUCUCUGUAAACUCCACACCUUCCUGUCUCUGUCUGGACCUCACCUGGGCACACUGUAUAACAACAGCACGCUGGUCAGCACAGGUCUGUGGCUUAUGCAAAAACUGAAGAAGUCUGGAUCUCUAUUGCAGCUUACGUUCAGAGAUCAAACCGACCCAAGACAGACUUUCCUCUACACGCUCAGCAAGAAACCAGGUCUGCAGUAUUUUAAGAAUGUGGUGUUGGUGGCCUCCCCGCAGGACCGAUACGUGCCCUUCCACUCGGCCCGCAUUGAGAUGUGUCGGACCGCACUUAAAGACAGAACCACAGGUCCAGUAUACACAGAGAUGAUCAAUAACUUACUCCAGCCUUUGCUGAGUGCUCCAAACUGUUGUUUGAUCAGACAGAAUGUGUUCCACGCCUUACCCAACACGGCAAACACACUCAUUGGACGUGCGGCUCACAUCGCAGUACUCGACUCCGAACUCUUCCUGGAGAAGUUCCUUCUAGUGGCCGGGCUCAAAUACUUCAAGUAGCCAAUCAAACCACAUGUUAGAGAUGAGCUCAUGUCUUGAGUUCUGUGGGAGAGCCAAUCAGAAUCUGCCAAUCAGAUUUCAUUUCAGAGAUAAUAAUCAGCCCUGGAAUUUUUCAAUAAUUUCAGUCAUUGGACGUGCGAAAACAAAUUGAAGAUUCAGAUCGUGGAUCUGAAUAAUGUAAAAUUUGUACAGAAAGGACAUUUUAUAGUAAGCAAAUAGAGAAAACGAACAAUUGAAGGCCUACAUGCGCCUUAAAGGAGCUUUAUGAUGUAGUAACUUGACAUCGAAUAAUCAUAACUGGAGAGUUAAUAAUCAGAUGAAUGUCAUUUGAAUGUAAAUUUAGCUGGUAGUAGCUGGUAUCGUAACAAGGACUUUGGUUCUUUUUCCCUCCAAUCGCCGAACGUGUAUUUGCAACGCCAUUCGUAACUUGAGGAGGUCGAUAUCACUGGACUCUAAUACUUGAAGAGUAAAUUCACUCGUUUUGAGUUCUGAGUUAUGAGAACGUAUACAUGUUUUCAGAAGAAUUUCUUUUUAUCAAGUCAUUAUUUUAUAGUUUGUGUAUUUUGACAUUUUGUUGUUGAGUGAAAAUCUCACUGUGAAAAAGCCAAAUUCAUUGUGUUGAUGUAUUGUGGUGCAUUCUGUAUGCCUCCCUUGUAACCGUAACUGAUUUGAAUGUGUUUACCAUAUACAUGCCUUAAUUAUCACUAGGUGAGUAUGUCAAGAUCAUGUACACUAUUUCAAUAAUGUCACAAAUUUUGAUUCAUUUUUGAGUUAUUUUUAAAAUAGAACUUGUGUACUCCAGUGAAAUAUUGAAAAUACUCUGUUUUAAAGGUUUUGCUGUUGUUUUGUUCUUUGAUUUGGCUUCAAUGGCCAUUAUUUGCUAAUUACUUCAAAGGAAUAUUCUGGGUUCAAUACAUGUUAAGCUCAGCAUUUGUGGCAUAUUGUUGAUUAACACAAAAAUUAAUUUCGAUUUGUCCCUCCUUUUCUUCAAAAAGAGCAAAAAUCUGGGUUACAGUGAGGUACAAUGGAAGCAAAUGGGGCCAAUCUGUUAAAGUUAAAAUACAUAAUGUUUUAAAAGUUUAGCCAAAAGACGUAAACAGUAUGUGUGAUUACAUGAUUUUAGUUCUGUGUAAAGUUAUAUCCAUUUUUACAACUUUGUUGCCAUGACGAUGAAACACUGUAAACCCUGUAAUACCACAAAUUUAGAGGUCUGCUGCAAAAACUAUGAUUUAAACAACUUUAAAGAUGAAAUAAUCCAUGAGUUUUAACAGAAGAAUUAAUGUUAGUGCAUUUAUAAAAAGCUUCACAAUUGGCCCCACUGACUUCCAUUGUUCUUCACUGUAACCACUGUAAAUUUUAGAUUUUUUUAAAGAAAAGAAGGGAUGAGUCAAAAUUAUUAUUAUUUGUGGUCAUCAACAUUAUGCCACAAAUGCUGUUGAUUGAGCUUAAGUUGUAUUGAAUUUGGAAUAUUCAUUUAACGAGCGCGUUUAUGUGCUCGUUUUUACACUGAUUGCGCUGAAUAAGCCAACAGCAUCAUGUACUGUCAUGUAAACACCUUAAACGGGUUUCCUUUAUCAAGUUGGGGUCUUGAACGGUUUAAGCAAAAAACGAUUAACAUGAAGAUUUUUGCCCAUUACCCUGAUUACACGUUGCAUGUCCCUUAUCCAGAGUUCUUACUGGCUUAUCCAAUGUAUGCAAAUGUAUCCAAUGAUGUCAAAAGCAAAGAAUAAGCCGAUGAUUUCAAAUCUCAUGUAAACGUUUUUAUUUUUUUAAAUUUUUUUUUAAUAAGCCAAUUUUUGAUAGUUAUCAGCAUAUUGGUGUGUAUGUAAACACGCUCAUUGAGUUUGAAGCUGCAACAAUGUAUUUAAGUACAACUGGGCCAAAUGUAUGAUAAAGGGGGUGGGGUCUUGCCAACACCCCCACCAGAAUAUUUAUUUCCUUAUUUCCUGCUUUUCUGAUAUUCUUUAGAAUAAUAAUGUAGUACUUCAGUGUUUUAUAAUUAGAAUUAUAAAUAAUUAUUUUUAUUAUUUCCAAAUUUAUUGUAAUAGUCGAAGAAUCAGCCAAUAAAAAAAUCCUUAUUGGUUGAGCAUUUAUCUGAAUAUUGGUAGAAAUAUGCCCCAAACCCCCCCAAUUGUCAUUGUUUUGUCAGCCCAUUUGUGUGCAUUACGUAUGUGUGCAUUGUUUGGUUGUCAACAAACUGUUUACAUUUUUAUGUUGUGGUGUUAGCAUUGGUUUUAGCAUACUGUAUAGGGUUGUUCAGACCGAAUACCCCCUUAUGCUAAAAAAGCUUGACGCUGCGUAAUGUAAAAUAACAGAAUGCAUGUGUCUUGAGAGACGUUCAAAAGUUAACAUUCAAUAAAAAUGUUGAGGUCCUAAAAAACGUGCAGCUCCAAUGACAAAUGCUAAAAAAACUGUUGGACACAGUGCAAGGAUCAAGGAUGUCCACCUAGCGCAUGUUUAUGUACAAGACCCCCCAAAAAAGCACUGGCGGAUGCAAAAACGGGUCUGGCCCUUAUCACAGUUUUUGGUUUUAGUUUGUUUCUUUUGAAGUAGUUUUGACAUUGUGUUCCAGUCAUACAGACUAGUCAUACAGAGCAACUGGUAUCACCAGCUCUUUUAUUGUAUUGUUACACUGUAAUGAAAGCGAAAUGGGACAUAUUCUACACUUAGCAAUUAGCAAGUCCAUUAGGAACUAAUGUCAGGUUGAGAGAUGUUAGGAACAAUGACAUCCUCAGUCAGCUUUCAUUGUAUGAAAAAAAGGGUAACACUUUCAAACGUUUUACUCAAGCCAUACCUCAGGUUUUCACCUCGUUCAGCAUCUUUAGCUCAUUUCUGUGUGUUCUGGGUUUCAUUCGGCUGUGGUCAGCAUCGUGUGAUUGGGUUUAUAUCAGAGCGCUUGUAUCAGCAAAGUUAGAAGAUGUCCUUUCUGUUCCCACUGUGCCGACUGACUCUUGAUUAGUCAGUAAAUACUCUGUCAUGAUGAUUGACACUAAUUUAACCUUGCCUCUUAAGUACACAGGUGUCACAUGACCCCACCGCUUCGUUACAGCUAAAGGGGCCCAUCAGGCUGAACACUCCAUUAUCCAUAAUGCUCUACUGCACAGGGCCUCAGUGUGUGUGUGUUUGUUUGUUUGUUUGCUAAUCUGAGCUGAUGGCUGUGUUUGCUCACACAAGUUAAGCAUAUUAAUUACGGAAAUAAAACACUGAUUUACACUUCAAACAGAGACUAAGGGCAAAAUUGCUUGUGUGUGCGCAUGUGUAAAGUAUAGUGUGUAAAAAUGGACCUUUUCCUUCUGAAAAUUGUAUUAACAGAUGCUCAAUUCAAAUGUUCCUAUUUAUAUGUAUGGAAUAUUAAAUUAAGAAAAUAAUUUACUUGCCCCUUUAAGCAGUUAAACCUUCAGUUAUCCUUAAGCCAUAUAUCAUUCUGAUUGCAACAUGUUCAAUCAAGUGUUAUUGGUAGGAAAUUUCAAAUGAAAUUGUUUGACGAAUGCAAUUUUCUUUUCUGUGUUGAUAUAUUUUUGAAACAGGUAGGAAGUAUUUCUUUAGACAUAUAUAAAGAAAAAGUUGGUAGCACUUUACAAUAAGGAUGUAUUAGUUGUUAUUUGACAAUUUAGUUUGUUAAAAUGAACGAACAAUUAAUAAUACUUUAACAGCUAUUUUUAAUAUUGGUUCAUGUUAAUCAAUAAAUAAUAAAAAGCAUUUAAAACAUAUUUUUUAAAUUAGCAUUUGGUUGAUAUGUAUGUACAGUAUAUGUGAAUGUUUUUGUAUUGUUUUUUUGUUAUUUUGAUCUUUUUUAGUUUUACUUUUGAGUAAAUGAAUCUUUACUUUUCAUUAUUGUUUUACUUUUUAAUUUAAACAUAAUUUUUUUAUUUAGUUCUGUAAUUUUCAUAUUUUUUAAAGCAGUCGCUUUCUUUGACUUGUAAUUUCUGAUAUGUGAAGCACUUUUAGCUGCACUUUGAAAUGUUUGAAAGAUGAUAUACAAAUAAAAUGUAUUAUUAUUAUUAUUACUAAUGCACUGUUAAAAUGAAAAGUGGUACACAUUCACAUUAGUUAAUGCAUUACAAACUAACAUGAAUAAUAAUGUCCAAAUGUAUUUUACUAAAUUAGCAUUAACCAAAAUUAAUAAAAGUUGCAAAGCAAUAUUGUUCAUCGUUAGUUAAUGAUUACCUAAUGCAUUAACUUAUGUUAAAAAGUAAAACCUUGUCGCAAAGUGUUACCAAAAAUUUGACUCCGUAAUCACUUUUAACAUCUAAUCACUUCUCAAUAGAAAAAUAUGUCACAUUUCGUAAGUAGCACAUGAUUUCAUGUGGACUUUAAACAUUGUUCAAUUUGAUGCGUAACACCAUUCUGUGUCUUUCAUUCUCUAAUCAGUGUUAUGGAUAUCUUUAAUAUACAGUAACAUACAUAUCACUUCCAUUGCAGCGACCACAUGUUUUCAUGUGUUUAAGUGUGUGUGUUUGUCUAUAAAGAGGCAGCUUGUGUCUGUAAAUGUCGAGAAUGUUCUCUUCCUCAGUUCAGAUAAGCAGUUCUAAAUUUAUUUCCAGCAUACAUGUGUGUUUUCAUCCAAAUCUGUGUAUUAAGCCAUGAAUGUGAAAAUAACUAAAAAUGUGUUCACUGUGAGACUGUAAUGUGUUUACUUGAUUUGUUUAUGUAUUCUUCACAUCUGUGCCAAUGAUAUUCUGGCAUUUUCUAUGUUUUCUUUAAUUAUGUGUCCCUUGUAGUAGCUUAUGCCCAAAUAUACAGUAUAAAUACACCAAUCAGCCACAACAUUAAAACCACCUGCCUAAUAUUGUGUAGGUC